AUGGCGGAUGCUGGGAAGCAAGCUGAACAUUUGAUGGAGGCUUUAGCAGCUAUGAACCUUAAACCAGAUCUAGAAUCUAAGGAUACUGCAGCUCAGUGGUUAACUGAUCUUUUAGCGGGAGGAGCUAAAGCCAAGGUUGUGAAGCGUGAACCGAUCCUCGAUCUUUCCCAGGUGUUACAAGAUCAUCGAGAUGAUACAGUACCAUCCAGCACACAUAAUACUUCAUAUUAUGUGCCGAAGAUUUCCAUAUUUUCAGGAUCUCCACAAGUCCCUCAUGGAGAGGUACCGUUUGAGCAAUGGAUCUAUGAGGUUGAGAUGUUACAACGAGAUGGAAUUUACAAGGAUCAGGCUAUUUUCCAAGCCGUGAGAAGAUCUUUAAGAGGUGAAGCAGCAAAUACAGCUAGAGGAAUGGGAUCUUCAGUUGCAUUACAACAGGUGUUGGAUAACAUGACUGGAAACUAUGGAAACAUUGCUGCUGCAGAGGAUUUGCUUGCCAAAUUUUAUUCUGCUAAACAAGAAGAUUCAGAGAGUGUGACAUCUUGGGCCAGUAGACUUGAAGAUAUUUUGGAUAGAGCUAAAACCCGAUGUGAGCUUACCCAAUCUCAGGUCACAGAGAUGUUACGGACUAAGUUUUGGCGUGGACUUAAGAAGUCGCUGCGUGAUGUUACUGGUCACAAGUUUGAUACUAUUCAGGACUAUGACAAACUUCGCAUUGCUGUUAGGCAGAUAGAGCAGGCCGACGCCUCACCAGAGAAGCCUAAACCUGUUAAGGUUGCCAUACCACACAACGAGGACAUUAAAGAAAUGAAGGCUUUGGUAAAGGACCUUACGACUGAGAUGUCUAAGCUGAAACAGGAUUUAGUAUCCUUACAGAAGAAUAGGGAGUCAGGCCAUGGUUGUCCACCUGCACGUGGAUCUUAUAAGGUACCUCAGGACUAUAGGAGGCAGGACAAACCUUAUAGAGGAGAUAGUGAUAGACCAGUAUGCUGGAGAUGUGGACAGCCAGGACACAUCAAACGAGAUUGUCGAGUGAAUUUAGAUCACAGCAGAAAGUCUUUAAACGCUCGGACGCCUACAGGCCUGGGGCACCAGUAGGCAGGAUUGGACAACAGAGCCCUAUCAUGCAAGAUGAUC